UAUGUAUGUACAUAUGCGUGCAAAGUACGCAAAUGGCGAGGAUGAAUAUAAGAAAAUUUAAAUAUAAAAAUAAGUUAAACACACAAGAGAAAAAUAUUUAUCUCAAGUGAACGUUGGUACUGUAUUUUAUUGUAGUUAUGGGCUAUAAAGAUUUGAUAUAUUGGGGCUUCAUUUAUUGCAGCUGUUUCAUUGGAGAACUGUGUUAUCUAUAAGAACGUUUUCUUAUCGAAACUGUUUAAGAAAAUUACCAGCUGAGCAACUCCUUUUGAACUUUUGUUUUUUUUUGUGCUCUUAAAGAUAUCAACAGUUUUUUUAUGUGUAAAAAUUGUGAAUAUAUUAUGAGCAAUCAUGUGAGUGUGUGUCAACGGUUAUUUUGUUUUUUCUUCCCUGUGGAUUUUUGUUAUUUUCAGGCAGUGGAAUAAUUUCGUUCUGCUGCGCAAUUUCUACUAUUGAUUCCCAUUGCUAUUCCCACACUUUAUGCUUUUCUUUGGCCUGCCCCUAUCGCCAUGGCUUCGCUUCCAUGAACUGCCCUGCUUUGCUUUGCGUUUGCUUUUGCUUUGAUACCAUUUUCUAAAUUAAGGCAUACAUUCGCACAAACAAACAUCCGACUUUGUGGGCUAUACUAUAUGUGGGGUACUUGCGGACUUGCGAUAGCAUUCGCACCUUAUCGCUGUAGUGCCUCUGUGUACAUUAUAAUUAUUAUUGCACGCGUAAACAGCAAACUAUAUAUGUAUGGUGAUAAGAGUGGUUGUUGUUACCUCAGACGGAUGAUAAGCGUAGUAUUCGAGCAGAUGUUGGCCCUUAGAAAUUCGGCAGUUCGGCUGAGUUCGUAACGGAAAUGACUCUGUGAAAUGAGUUCCCAAAAAAGGUGGAUGAUUCACGCACUCCAAAUAACCAUGCGGGCUAUUAACCAGUCCAUCGAAUCUUUUAUAUCACAUGAAUUAAGUUUACGGCGCUGCUCAGUGUAUAAUAUACACAUAUGUAUAUGUACGUAUAUUGCGCACAUUUUCUGCUUAAAUUGUUUUAAUUUUUAUUCGAAAAGGGAACAAUUGAUUAUAAAUGCAUUCAGAUAUUACCACUGUAAUUAAUAUUAAUAGGCCAUAUAUGACAUUCAGUCAGUUUGACAUUAUUCAGAUUUCUGUGUACCCUCGACAGGUUCAAAGAACUUACUAUUUUCAGAGAGGUCAUAUUGGAUGCGAACCUCUCAACAAAUUGAAAUACUUGCUAUUCCAAGCACCUUGAAAUGGUUUUAGGUUGGCAAACGCUCACCUCACGGUAUUGACUAUUCAUCUCGGCGACCACGUGACUUGCUCUUUGUCUGGCUAUGGAAAAUUCUCCCCCCACCCAGGGCUCCCUGUCUGGUUUCUAUAGCUAGAAAACUCAUUGAAUGGAUCUGUUAUCGGUCAAGUGGGGACGAUGUGUGAUAACCCCGUGGCUUGAUAUGCCGCGAUGUCGAGCUUGGAUUGCAUGAAGUGGUCUGAUCGGGAGAUUUCAGCUUGGAGUCAGUCAAACAUUUCCCAGUUCGCCGGCAAGAUGUGGUCUUCUACGAAUAUUUUGGUUUUCUUAGCAGCGUCUACUUUAGUCCAGGGUAGCAUGCGGUUUCAUUUCACCCUGGAUUUCCACGUACUGCAGCCCCCGAAUGCGACCGACACCAUCGACAAGACCAUUAUUGUGGAGAACAAUCGGAUAUCCAUGGUGGACAACGAAGGGACGACUACUAAGGCUCCGAUGACCCAGUGGACGGAUCAGGAUCAGUAUAACCAGGACGCUUUGCAGAAGGUGAUCGAUACGCGCAGAUCGGUGCAACAGCUAAAUACGGAGCUAUCACCCUUGGCUGGCAGGAGCACCGAUUUGGCCAGGAGAAUUAAACAGAGUAUGCGAUACGUCAACGAGGUGGAUGCUGGCCUGGAAGAUUUGACCAACUUUGGGCAGUUGGUGGAGCUGCUCAAGAAAUUCGUUACCCUAGUGGAUAACCUAAGGGAUCCAAACAAUCUCGGAGGUAUCCGUAGCCUGGAGUACGUACUCCUCAAGCUAGCUCUGGAGAAGUACGACCUUCCCAACAAGCGACAAGAGAUCGGUGAAUACUUGGAAAGGGCGGAGAGUGCCUGGCGAAGAUACCAAAACACGCAGGUGGUUCUACUGGAUAACUCCACCUGAGUCGGUCUCAGUUGCCUAGGGCUCUUGGUCCUGCCGACCAUAUUAGGAAUAUAGUUUUAGGAUAAGACAGGACAAAGACCAGCAUCAUUUGGCAAGACAAUCGCCGCACCAUGAUCUACUAGAGCGGCUCGGCCCUUGAAAGGAAUAAAAGCCAUCGAAGGGA